AGUUAGUGUUCUGCUUUUAUGAUUUGUUGUGAUUUGAUAUCAGAGUGGCGCAGCGGAAGCGUAGUAGGCCAUUUUGUUCAUAGAAAGUGAGUGGGACAUUUGUUUUGUCUUGGAUUGUGUGAAGCGAUUCACCACUCGAAAUGAUCCCCAAUUCGAACCCGAUUCCGCUCUUCUUCUCGCUGCAGCCCGAGAGGAAAAAAAGAAAGGGAACCCAGCCAUGCCUUGGAAAACCGGUGAGAAAGCUUGAUUUUUCCCUUCUUUUGUUGUCCGAGAACCUGAUUUGGAACCCAGAAAUUCUCCCCCCUUGUUGGAAAAUCCGGAUCUGCCUUGCUUUGCUCUGUCCUUCCGCCGGCUGCUCUUGCUUUGUGGGGGUGAUUUGCUCCGGUUUUGGAUCCGUGAGUUUCUCCCCUGCACUUGCCGCCGGCUUCUCCCCCAACCAAGCUCGGUUUUGCUUGCUAAUUUCUGUUAGCAUUGAGAUUGAGUGCUCGGUUUUAUGCGAGUGAGGUAAGUAAUUUAUGGUAAUGCCCGUACUGUUUUUAAAGCAUGUUUUGAUUUGUUUUUGAAGUAGUGGCGGGACUAAACCCGUUUUACACAAGUAUGACUGAUUUGAAGUGAAAUGUUUUGUGCUUUUCAUGAAAUUGAGCAUGCCUACUUGAAAUUUAAGUGACUGUCCUGAUGAUCUGAAAGUGAUUGUGAAUUGUGAUUUUCCUGUUAACUUCUGCCUGUUUUGUCUCCGAUAUGGUCAUGUUAUUCGUGUGCCCGCUAGUGGGAGGUUUAUAAACGCUAGCACAUGUCGACAUGUUACUGAUAGAACUAGUUUGUUUCUGUUAUCUUGCUAGUGGGAUUAUACACUAGUAAAUCGUGUGCCUGUCAGUGGGAGGUUUAUAACACUGGCCGUGACCUAUAGAGGAGACGUCUAUUUCGUGCCCGUACUGUAUCUGUUUUCGUGCUUGUACUUGUUGGCAUGCUUUAAGUUUGAUAAGGGGCACUCCAUAUUUACUUACUGAUUUUAUCUCAUAGUUUUUCCUUGUCCACCAUUUCAGGAUGUGAAAUCGAGGAUGGGGAAACCACGGGAAGUGACGAGUUAGAAAGCUAGCCAUUUCGAGAUUGAUAUAAAUUUUAGAAAUAAAUCAUGAUCUUGUAU